CCCGGAAGAGGCUGCCAUGUCCCUCGCUCCCCCCUCCUCCUGUCCCCACUUAUCCCCUCUUCUCCUCCACCCCCUCCGCCUGUUCUAUCAUGGAGCCCGGCGGGAAGCGAUUGUUCUCCGGCUCCCGGCUGCUUCCUUGGCUGUACAUAGCCGCGGUGUGCCCGUCCUCCUCCGGCCUCGGAUACUCCAUCCCCCUGCAGCGGCCCCAGGACUGUACGGCUCAGCAGUACUACCACCCGGGGAGCCUCUCCUGCCUCCAGUGCCCGGAUACACAGCGGCCCAGCCCGGACGGUACUUCAUGUGAGUGUCUUCCUGGAUAUAAGCUUCUUUCUAAAAACGACAAUGGCAUCAGUUGCCAGAAGUGUCCAGACAACUUGGGUGUUACAACUGAUGGCUGGAAUUGUAUUAAAUGUCCAGAUGGAUUAACUUUGUAUGGCCAUUGCAUGUGUUCUGGGAAGAUUCUGGUGGAAAGAGAUAUCAAUGGGACAUUGCUGCAUGAAGCUGAAUGUGUUGAUUGCGAAGGGUCUGAGCCAUCCUUUACAUGGCCUGAUGCUCCUGGAAUCCGGUGUGAGAGAUGUCAUCAGACAUAUAUCAAUAGGACCAACUCAUGCCACUGUUACCAGCCAAAUAUUUUGGCUGGGGGCAUAUGUUUUAAUGGAGCAGGUGAUAUUUUCUCCAGAGUUAUUUCGACAAUCCGAUUUGGGCAGCUAGGGAUAUUAUUACGGUCGGAGUGGUUUUCUAUGCACUUGCAGGCAUCAGCGGCAGCUUGUCUGCUGUUCUCCAAUCAGACAGCAUGUCAAGCAUUGGGGAACAUGUGCGUGAUGAACAUGCAUUAUACCAGCCUCCAGAGCGCUGAUGCCUGUGGUCUCUUCCGAUACAUAUUCACCAAUACAGCUGCACUUGGAGUGGUUCACUCCAUUUCUUUCUGGAGAACCAAUAUCCCUUGGUUGUAUUAUGAUGACCAGCCAGGUUUAGCAGCCCGAGUCCUUACAGCUUUUCCGUUUCCAGAAAACUUUAGCUUCAAGUUAAAUGAUCAGACCCGGAACAUAAACCUCAGAUUUUUAGCAGCACUUUAUGAUAUUCGGGGAAAGUUCAUUGAAUGGAGGUCGCUGAAUGGAGGCCUGUUACAGCUUUGUCCUGGCAUUACCAAACGCUUGGAUGCUGCAUUUAUUUUCGGAACAACAUAUGAGCAAAAUUGUGAAAUAUCCAUCUCCAAGCUUCUAUAUGAUCAUCCUGAACCCGUGUUCUUUGAUGUGUAUCUAACCUAUGGGGAGAGUGAUGGGCGGCAGAACAUCUGGCCUGUCCCGGUCUUGAACCUAAACCUGCAGCACAAUGAACAGUAUAUCAAUAUGGGAAACAAUAUUAACAAUUGGAUCCUGACGCGCCGCAUAUUCUUGGUUGACUCACUAAGUGGGCGAGAGAACACACUGACCAGCAUGCCUCGUGUAAUCCGAAUUGCCAGCAAAAUAACAAUCAGCAUCAGCCUUGUACCCGAAACACAGAGAGGAACAAUCUACCCCCCACUGAUGACUGUGGAAUACACAGAUGUACAAGUACAAAACCCAGACAACCAGAUUGUACAGGUUUCCUUCUCAGUGCAGUAUGAAAUGAAUCAGUCAGAUGCUCUCAUCCAGACAGAUGUGGCUUUGGGAGUGCUGGGUGGUUUGGCUGUAUUGUGGUCCCUUCUAAAAACUGCAGCCUGGAAGAGGAGAAUCGGUAGUCAAGUGAUUGACUUGCAGACUGUUACUCAGUUUCUGAUUUUAUUUGCUGGAGUUUUGGCCAAUGUGUUUUUCGCUGUCACUGUUGGGACUGGAUUCUACUGGCUGCUUUUAUUUAAAGGCCAGCAGCAGGUCUCUGUCUUGUUGCCUCUACCUGAAGAUGAAAAAGAUUUCAUAACCUACGUAUCAUGUGCUUUUGCUCUGAAGGCACUGCAGUUCCUGCACACCCUCGUCUCACAGCUUUCCAUCCAUAUUUUUUUUAUCGACUGGGAGAGACCGAAAAAUAAACCAUUCAAAUCGGAAGGUGGAAAAAGUUACAUAUUUCCAGUGAGCAUUUGGAGAACGUACUUCAUAGCGAAUGAAUGGAAUGAAAUUCAAACAGUGCGCAGGAUCAAUCCCCUCUUUCAAGUUCUUGCUGUCCUCUUCUUUCUCGAGAUUGCCGGCUUUGAAAACCUAGCACUGCGAGACGCUUCUUCCAGUCUCUCCAGGGACAUGCAGGAUUAUGUAGCCCCGUGGAGCUGCAUUUUACGUUACGGUGUGGCGACUGCCUUGUGGCUUGCUAUUGGAUGUUUACAGAUUCUCUUCUUUUCUGGAAUUUAUGAGAGAUUUGUAGAAGAUAAAAUCCGACAGUUUGUCGAUUUGUGUUCCAUGAGUAACAACUCAGUGUUCAUACUGUCACACAGAUGCUAUGGAUACUACAUCCAUGGCCGCUCGGUUCACGGACACUCUGAUACAAACAUGGAGGAGAUGAAUAUGAAUUUAAAGAGAGAAGCGGAGAACAUGUGCAGCCAAAGAGGGUUGCAGCCUAACACGGAUAUUCAGACAUUUCAGAUGUCAAUUUCUAGCCGGACCAGGGCACAGUUUGAUCGGAUCCAUGAUAAUUUUUUAAAGAAUCGUGGACCCUCUCGAUUUCUACACAGUUCUACAACUAUUUCUGAACAGAGCAAUAAAGCCUAUCACACCAUGAAUAAAUUCCUGAGUUCCUUCAUUGAUCAUGCUUUUAAAGACAUGGAUUACUUUGUGAAAGACAAGCUUCUUCUGGAACGAAUAUUCAGCAUGGAAUUUAUGGAGCCAAUGGACAGAAGCAUCUUCUAUAAUGAUGAAAAUCAUUCUUUCAGUGAUGUCCUCUUCUAUGGUCAUGAAUCCACACUCCUCAUCUUUGACACUCUCUUCUUCUGCAUUGUGGAUAUCCUGUCACAAAACUUUGUUCUUGCAGCUAUUAUUACUUAUCUGCAACAAGAAUGUUUCCGGCAUAUCCGUGGGGCCAUAGGGCAGAAGAAUUUGGCAUCCAAAACCCUUGUAGAUGAAAGAUUCUUGAUUUAAACAUUUUCUGUAGUUUUCUACCAGAUGAAACUUCAGGACCAUUUGACUUGAACCAUUACAUGUAUUACUUUUAUUUUGAAGAUAAAAAUAUUUUUUUAUGUUUCCUUGCCUGUUACGCAUAUUCUUGUAUAUAUUAUGCAAAACAUUACAUUUUUGUACUAUGUGUUAAUUUCUAAAAGAGGGUAUUUU